AUGGCCACAGCUGCCUCCAGCCCCUACACCCUGCUCAGCUCCAGCCCCAUGAUCCACCCGGACAGCCAGGCCAUGCAGCCUGCCAGCCCCUACAGGGGACACCAGAAGCUCCUCCAGGGUGACUACCUGCACAGCAUCCAGAGCAACGGACACCCCCUCGGGCACCAGUGGGCGAGCAGUCUGUCGGAGGGCAGCCCCUGGUCGGCCUCCAUGGAGCAGCAGGAUAUUAAACCGGGCCGAGAGGACCUGCAGCUCGGCAUCAUCCAUCACCGCUCGCCGCACGUAGCGCAUCACUCUCCUCAUCACAACAACCAUGGCAACCACCCGGGAGGCUGGGGAACCCCGGUGUCCCACAACACCUCCAUCACCAGCGGGCAGCAGAUCAACAUCUACUCGCAGACGGGCUUCACAGUCAACGGCAUGCUGGACCACGGUGGCCUCACACCUCCGCCCAACCCGCAGGGCCAAGGCAUGCACCCGGGCCUCAGGGACACGCUCAGCCCCGAGCACAGCGACCUCGGCGGCCACCACUGCCACGACCACUCCGACGAGGAGACGCCGACCUCGGACGAGCUGGAGCUCUUCGCCAAGCAGUUCAAGCAGCGGAGGAUCAAGCUGGGCUUCACGCAGGCGGACGUGGGUUUGGCCCUGGGCACGCUGUACGGAAACGUGUUUUCCCAAACCACCAUCUGCAGGUUCGAGGCUCUGCAGCUGAGCUUUAAGAACAUGUGCAAACUAAAGCCGCUGCUGAACAAGUGGCUGGAGGAGGCCGACUCCACCACGGGCAGCGCCAGCAGCAUAGACAAGAUAGCAGCUCAGGGGAGGAAGAGGAAGAAGAGGACGUCCAUCGAGGUGAGCGUGAAGGGGGUCCUGGAGACGCACUUCCUCAAGUGUCCCAAGCCGGCCGCGCCGGAGAUCACCUCCCUGGCGGACUCUCUGCAGCUGGAGAAGGAGGUGGUGCGAGUGUGGUUCUGCAACCGGAGGCAGAAGGAGAAGCGCAUGACGCCGCCGGGCGAGCUGCAGCACGAGGGACCCUAUUCUCACGGCGGGAGCGCGGGGGACGCCUCCUCGUGCCACGAUCUCUGA